AUGUCUAACCGAAACGUCCGCAAAGCUGGGUUCACUUCCUCUGGGAUCAAAGGAGGAUCGCAUGCUUCAUCGAUGAUGUCCCGUGAAGCAAAGACAUCUGGGGGAGGGGUGCAUUCUGGAGGCCCUACUGCUACUCUCCAAAAACUGGGUGCCAAAGGUUCAACCCAUUCCACAGGUUUUACCAGCAGCGGGAUCACCUGUGGAUCCCAGGCCUCCCGGAUGAUGUCCCAGGAGGCCAGAUCUCAUGGAGGUGGAACUCCCAGUGGCGGUACAACUUCCACUGUCCAGUCCAUCUCAAUGGGUGGCAAAGGUGGAAGACGUUGA